AUGUCCUCUACAGUGGACAUAGGCAGUGCCCCAUUCCUGGCCCUGCAGGUGUCUCUGCAGGACUCCACUGGCUUCCACUUCUGCGGUGGCUCCCUGAUCAAUGAGUUGUGGGUUGUGACUGCUGCUCACUGCGAUGUCAGAACCUCUCACCGCGUCAUCCUGGGUGAGCAUGAUCGCUCAUCCAAUGCUGAGGCCAUUCAGACCAUUAGUGUUGGAAAGAUUUUCAAGCACCCUAACUACAACAGCUUCACCAUCAACAACGACAUCCUCCUGAUCAAGCUGGCCACCCCCGCUCAGCUCAACACUCAUGUGUCUCCCGUGUGUCUUGCUGAAACCUCCGACAACUUCCCUGGAGGCAUGAAGUGUGUGACCUCUGGAAGGGGCCUGACCAAGUACAAUGCUCCUGAUACCCCUGCCCUGCUCCAGAAGGCCGCUCUGACUCUGCUGACAAAUGACGACUGCAAGCGUUAUUGUGGAACCAAGAUUACCGAUCUGAUGAUCUGUGCUGGAGCCUCUGGUGCUUCUUCUUGCAUGGGUGACUCUGGUGGUCCUCUGGUCUGUCAGAAGGAUGGAGUUUGGAAUCUGGUUGGUAUCGUGUCCUGGGGAAGCAGCGUCUGCUCAAUCAGUUCACCUGGUGUGUACGCACGUGUCACCAAACUCCGUGCCUGGGUUGACCAGACCAUUGCUGCAAACUAAAGCACAAAGAUUAUACAAUAGUUCUUGGUCAUAAUGCUUAUCAAUAAAGUUUUAUUUUGAGAAAA